AUGGCUGGUGGUGCCAUCAAAUACCGACAUCUCGAUCGCAAAUCAUCGCAUCGACGAGCCCUCCUGCGAAAUUUAGUUACCUCUCUCUUCACACAUGAAUCCAUAACGACGACAUGGCCAAAGGCGAAGGAAGCCCAGCGACUGGCGGAGAAAUUGAUUACACUGGGAAAGAAGAAUACAGAGGCCAGCCGGAGCAGAGCACAAUCGGUCUUUUUUACUCCUCAGAGCCUCCUUCCAAAGCUCUUUGGACCGCUUCGUGAACGCUAUAUGGACCGACCCGGUGGCUACACUCGUGUUCUACGAAUUGAACCUACAAAGCCAGACCAAGCGCCCUCUGCCAUUCUUGAGUUAGUUGAUGGAGUGCGCGAUAUGCGUUUUGCAAUGACGGCGAAGACCCUUGCUCGCCAGAGAGCUGCCGGUCAAGAGACGAUGAACGAAGUCACCGCUCAAAACGUGAUGAAAGUGACCAGGUUUCGACCAGAUGGCCAGGCUGCUCUGGAAGCAGAAGUACAGAGGGUGGAGGAAGAGUUGGAAAAGAAGGCAGGGAGAAAAUAA